AUGUCAUGUGCUUUUUUUCUUGUCUUCUUCUUGUCAGAGGGGAUGCUCACGUUCUCCGUUAUCAAAAUCCCGUUUAUUUAGGGUUAUCAACGGUCCAGAUUCAUCCGAUUUAUAAAGUUUAGACGGCGGUUUACUGUUUUGACGGCAGAUGUGGAUCGUAAAAAACUCGAACGUGGCAGGGUUACGCCACGUCAUUAAAUUCUUAAUGGACUCAGGCCCACUCAGACACUUUUCUCGAGCCCAUAA